CGCCGCUGACGCUCGACGAGUCGAACUUAUUUUAGAACACGAGAACGCGCAGCGCACGAACGGAGUCGCGAACGUCUCGCGGUAGCACGCAAACUGGAUCUGACGGUUUCCUCGUGGCAGUCGUCGCGCCCAGGAAGCCCGACCGAGUUGCAACCAUUUUCCGGGCAUUUAUGUGAGAACGCGGCCGCGCCAGGAUGGUGUCGGUGAUGCAGCCGUACAUGGACAUCGAGAGCUCCAGGAGCUACAUCGACGAGCUGUACUCCCCGGACGCGCAGAAAUGUCUGGAGGCGAUUAUAUGCCUGAAGAAUUCGGUGAUCGGCAGCAACAGACAGAAGGGUUCGGUUAUAGCUCAGGGUGUGGUGCCGCGACUCCUGCAGCUGCUCGGAGACACGUCCGGUACUAUCGGCGACCGUAUAAGACUGGAGUCGGCCGUGACGUUAGGUUCCCUGGCCAAGGGCACGGAUCAGCAUGUACUGGCGCUCAUAGACUUAGGUGUAGUCCCGUUGCUUCUUCAAGUUCUGCUCUCUUCGCCGUCCCCCGAGAUCGUCGUGGACGGCAAGGUAAAGGUGCUGGAUUUGUUGCACGAGGCCUGCCUGCGGUGUCUGCGCACGGUGUUCCAGCACGCGGCAGCGCCAGUGCACACGAUCUACCAGGAUCCCGCGUUAGUGCCACGGUUAUUGUCCCUGGCGAGUCGCUCGGUCACCUGUCAAGUCUGCGUCGCGACGAUCUUGACCACGGCAUGUAAGGUAAAGAGAGAUCCGAGGCUCCUGACAAGUCUAACAAAAGAUUGGCGCCACAAGGAGGGAACUAAUUCGCAAAUUGCUUGUCAGACGGCCGAGGAGCAGAACGCUCUGUCCAAAGGCGGGGCGGUGGAGACACUGGCGAUGCAACUGGACUGCCCUCUGUCCGACGUUCAGCUGCCGGCGCUGGCCUGCUUGGCGAACAUGUGUUACCAAAAUACCAUGGUGUCGCUUAUGGUCGCGUCGGCCAGCACGAGCAACACUGUCCACGGUAGACUGGUGCCCCUCGCGCUAGGCCAACUAAUGGGACGCGAGAAGAGCUCGUUGAUACAGCUCGAGGCGGCGAGGUGCAUCGCGUACAUGCACAGGGCCGAAGCGUUGCCGGCCAAUGAUCCGCGAGUGGUGUACCGCGCCUUACCCUGCCUCGUGCGCCUCUGCCAUCGGGACCGGCCGCCGCGCGAGAGAGUCGCCGCGGCCGAGACACUCGCGUACCUCACCGAGGUCAAUACGGAUCUGCAGCGUCUAGCUUCCAUUAGCAAUCAUUUGAUACCAACACUGGCGGAGUUGUUGAGACCGCACCCGCAAGUCCAGGACGCAACGCUAACGCAGGACAUGCGACAAGCUGCGUUCCGAGCGUUCGCGUCUCUCGGGGCGAAUGACGAGGAUAUCCGAAAGCGUAUAAUCGAGACGGAAAAUCUCAUGGACCAAGUUGUUUCUGGUCUUCAGGAUCCCGGCGGGCCCCGUGUACGCUUAGCCGCGGUUAGGUGUUUGCAUUCCCUCUCGAGGAGCGUACAACAGCUUCGCACUACGUUCCAGGAUCAUGCAGUAUGGAGGCCGCUUAUGCAGUUGUUGCACGGAGCGGAGAAGGGAUUGGAGGGAAGAGGCGAAGCUGAAACUGACUUGUUGACCGUUGCCUCGAGUACCUUGUGCAAUUUACUGUUGGAGUUCAGUCCGAGCAAGGAGCCAAUUCUCGAGUCAGGCGGCGUAGAGUUACUGUGCUCCCUCACCAAACGGCCCGAAGGGGCGCUGCGACUCAACGGCAUUUGGGCCCUGAUGAACGUGGCGUUCCAAGCGGAGCAACGUGUCAAGUCGCAAAUACUCUCGUGCCUGGGCACAGAUCAGAUCUUUCGCCUCCUGGCCGAUCCCGAGGUGGGCAUCCUGAUGAAAACGCUGGGCCUGCUGCGAAACUUGCUCUCCACCAAAGCUCACAUAGAUCGUAUAAUGAUCGAGCACGCGACGCAUGUUAUGCAAGCAGUCAUUCUAGUACUGGAAGACCCGGAACACCAGGCGGACGUCAAAGAGCAAGCGCUCUGCAUCUUGGCUAACGUGGCCGAUGGCGACCGAGCGAGAGAUCAUAUCAUGGCCAAUGACGACGUGCUUAAGAAACUCAUGGAUUACAUGAUGCACAGCAACGUGAAGCUGCAAGUCGCCGCUAUUUUUUGUGUAUGCAACCUAGUCUGGAGAGAAGAACCCGGUGCCGCGCAGCGGCAAGCGCGCCUGCGGGAAUUAGGAAUUCAUCGUAUUUUGCAACAAUUACGUCACACGAAAGACACUCAGCUAUUUGAGAAAGUCAAGACUGCCCUAUCGCAAUUCUACGAACCUUGAACGCGGAACGUAUCGCCGAUGAAGAUUAGGUUUAUGAUUUCGAGUGUCGCCUUUUUUUUAUAUUUGAAGUAAAUUACGAGUUCGACGUUAACACUGUGAUCACCUCGGUUGACAAUGUAUAAUUGAAAGUUUACAACAAGACGAACAAAUAUUUCUGAGCCUGUGCCUGUAA